AGAUCAGUAUUCUCUAUUCCUAUUGACGACCAAAUGACCGUGGAACUACUUGAACACGAUGUUAGCUUACGGCAAUCUGUGGUGGUAUUAGAUGGUCUGUAUAAAGUCAAUGAUGAUCUCACAAAGGUGGACUCUAUAUACUGGAAGGCCGAUUCUUGUGAGAUACGUAGGGGUACAUGGUUUAGUCAGGAUUGGCAGCCUCUGGAACCUCCUAUAGCUGACGCGAUUGAAGCUCAUCACCUACAAUACUUCCGAGGACAGACGAUUCCUGAGGGGACCACUGUAUUUUCCGCGAAAGAGGCUAGUAAUAAACCACCUAGUCUUGUUGUAGAACUAACCGAACUGCAACUGGAAGGUAUGGAAAUCCGAUGGAGCUCGGUCAUAGACGUUUCCUUGUCAUUUAAAAGAGGCGCUAUUCUUAGGUACAUAGGAUGGGGCAAGAGUCAAGCUCUUCGACGAGGAUUUCAAAAAGAAGCGGAAUGGGAGGAUGGAUCAGCUGAAGUUGGACAUUUAAUCCUUGUUGUGCAUGGAAUAGGUCAAAAAGGAUAUGAAAAUUUGAUUGCCGAAAAUGCACAACAACUCCGCGAAUCAGUGGUAGGAACCAUGGAACGCUGUUAUCCUGAAGAGAAGACUCGUCCACUGUUUCUACCAGUCGAGUGGAGAUCAUCCCUUAUACUUGGUAAUGUUAAUAGGGUUUAG